AUGGCUUCCCAAGCUGGCAGCGACGUAGGAGAUCUGGCAAAACGAUUGGAUGCUCUUGCAGUGCGAGAAAUUCGAAUCUUUCUUGAAACCUACCCCCUUGGACCGUCACCAUCAAGCGUCCCAGAUCAAAAUACUCGUUACCCAAACCUGAAAUAUGGGACGGCCAUCCUCCCCCUCUGGCGGCAGACGACCGAGCUUCGAGCCGGAAGUAAGCAUUGGCCGGCAUUCACGCGACUCUUGGACGCUCUCACGCCUUUCAUCUUGACCACAAGUGUCAUGUUCUCUAUCUCACAUCCCGAGGAGUUCCAGAGAGCAAAAGCCAUCAAAGCCCGUCGACUUGCAACACAAGACCCAGCACUGACGAUCCCAGAAAGCACGGCGGAGAACUGUUUCGAGACUAUGAGACUAUCAGCCAACAUCGCUCCUGGACGAUGUCUUCUGCAGACGACUCAUCCAAGCAAGCUUGCAUGUCUGAUUACAGUUGGGUUGGCACUGUCUAGCGGAGGAAACAUUGCAAUCCCUGCGCUCGGCCUGCAAUUCACUGCCAAACCUGGUGUUUUCGGAGCACUGAGCACUGAGCACUGA